CAUCAGUUCACUGAAUCAAUGCUGUUGUAGUUCAGACGCGAUCAGAAGCGACAUCAGUAUGAUGAAUAAUACCUUCAUUUUUUGGGUUUUAUUACUCGUGAACGGUGUGUAUGGUGUUGAAGCAGAUGAAGUGUUGUCCGUAUCAGUGAUGGAGGGAGAUUCAGUCACUCUACACACUGAUGUUACUGAAGUACCGAAGGAUACUGACAUAAUAUGGAAGUUUGGUAAUGAAAUCAUAGCUAGAAUGAAUGAAGCAGAUGGAAAUCCCUCUACAUAUGAUGGCCCCGGUGCAAUAUUUAAAGACAGACUGAAGCUGGACAAACAGACUGGAUCUCUGACCAUCACAAACAUCAGAACUGAACACAUUGGACAUUAUAGUGUAGACGUAAAGAGCAUGAAUGCAAAAUUGAAGACAUUUCAAGUAACUGUUCAUGAUGUUGUGAAGUCAGUGCCACUGAUGGAGGGAGAUUCUCUCACUCUACACACUGGUGUUACUGAAAUACAGGGAUCUGAUCAGAUUGUGUGGAAGUUUGAAGAUCAAGUCAUCCGUAUCACUAACUUAAACAGCGCUGACUCGAGAUGGAGUAACAUUCAUGUGAACGAUAAGACCCGAGAUCUCACCAUCAGAAACAUUCGAAGAGAUCAGUCUGGAGUUUAUAAGGUGGAGGCCAACACCAUCAGCAUGAUUUUACACAGGAAAUUACGUAUUAAAAUAAGUGGUGUGUUUAGUGCUAACGGGGUGAAGGAAAUGUCAGAGAGGGAUGGAGAUACUGUCACUCUACAGACUCGCAUUACUAAUAUAACAGGGGACGAUGUGAUCGAGUGGACGUUCGGACCCCAAAACACUUCUGUAGUAAAAACUGACAGAGAAAAUGGACGAAUAAUAUAUAAUGAACAUGAUGUGAGAUUUACAAACAAACUGCAAUUGGAUAUUAAAACUGGAGAUCUCAAAAUCAGCAACUUCGAUACUGAUGUCGCAGGAGUUUAUCACAUAAAGAUCAUCAAAAGCACGUAUGCCAUAGAGAAGAGCUUCAGUGUUACUGUCAGUGCUCAGUCAGGUGCUCCUUCAGGGAUAUAUGGGGCUGGUGUCGGUCUGGUAGUUUGGGCUUUAACUGUGUUUUUUGCUGCAAGAACUAUAAGCAACGAAGGCAAAGGUGUUUCAGUGAAUAUAAAGUGAAUCACUCACAGGAUCAGCAUGAAGAUGAGAAGCAACAGUUCGUAAACACUGGAACAGUAUAAAACUUAGGCUUUGCAUGACAUAAUAAUCAGCUUUUAAUUAGUUUUUAUAUGAUUAUAUUUUUGACAUAUCACAUAUUUUCCCCUCAUGUUUGACUACUAGAAAAAAAAGGGAACACUGUAGUCUAAAAUGUUUAAGUUGCAGAACUGUUCAAGACUUUGUCUGAUUAAAUAGGUUAAAAAUAUUCUCAUUGUAAACCAGCAGGGUUUGGUUGCUUGGAAAUGUUUUCUCUUCAUAGUUUAAAAUUCUUAUCUUAUUUGCAUGGGGAUUUGUUAAUCUUAUUUGCAUGGGGAUUUGUGAAAGGUGAAAAGUAUCAAUUCUGUUCCAUUCUUAUGAAAGUUUAUGUGCAUGUGGUGCUCAUACAUAUAGAUCUAUGUACAAAAACACAAUAAAGCCAAAUCAAACCUGACAAAACUGAGACUAUUUUAUGGUGUCAGAGAGAACU